AUGCUUAUGAUUAGGUUAUACCCGUCACCUUCCCGCCACCCGACCUCCGCUUCCCCGCCACCCCAUCUCCCCUGCUCGCCGACCGAUCUCCCGUGCUCGCCGCCCGAGCUCCCCUUCCCGCGGCCCGAUCUCCCAUUUCUGCCGCCCGAUAUCCCCUUUUCGCCUCCUCUCGCCUCCCCGCGCGGCCUCCUCUCGCCUCCCCGCGCGGCCUCCUCUCGCCUCUCCGCGCGGCCCCCUCUCGCCUCGCCGCGCGUCCUCCUCUCGCCUCUCCGCGCGGCCUCCUCUCGCCUCGCCGCGCGUCCUCCUCUCGCCUCGCCGCGCGUCCUCCUCUCGCCUCUCCGCGCGGCCUCCUCUCGCCUCGCCGCGCGUCCUCCUCUCGCCUCUCCGCGCGGCCUCCUCCCACCUCUCCGCGCCUCCUCUCGCCUCUCCGCGCGGCCUCCUCCCACCUCUCCGCGCGGCCUCCUCUCGCCUCUCCGCGCGGCCUCCUCUCCCCUCCCUUUGCCCUCGCUUCCCCCUCCCAUCGCCAUCGCUUCCCCCUCCCAUCGCCCUCGCUUCCCCCUCCCAUCGCCCUCGCUUCCCCCUCCCAUCGCCCUCGCUUCCCCCUCCCGUCGCCCUGGCUUCCCCCAUCCGUCGCCCUCGCUUCCCCCUCCCAUCGCCCUCGCUUCCCCCUCCCAUCGCCCUCGCUUCCCCCUCCCAUCGCCCUCGCUUCCCCCUCCCAUCGCCCUUGCUUCCCCCUCCCGUCGCCCUCGCUUCCACCUCCCCUCGCCCCGCCCAUCGCCCUCGCUUCCCCCUCCCAUCGCCCUCGCUUCCCCCUCCCAUCGCCCUCGCUUUCCCCUCCCUGUGGGGCAGCAGCAUCACCAACGCCUCUGCGCCGCUGCUCCCCUUUCCCCCACUCCCACCAUCCUCUUUCCACCCCCGCCUCCCCCCCUUCCCCUGCAGUCGCUGGUUCACUUGCGCCAUCUGUCAGUGUGGGGCAGCAGCAUCACCAGCGCCUCUGCCUCGCUGCUCCUCGCCUUCCCCCGCCUGCUCUCCGCCAACCUCGCCUGGAUGGACUUUUUCUCCCACCUCCCCGCCCACCCCUCCCUCACCGCCCUCCACCUCUCCCAGUGCCCCCUCCUUUCCAUUGGCUUCCCUCUCCCCUCCUCCUCAUCCUCUCCCUUCGCCUCCUCUCCUUCCUCCUCUCACUCCUCCUCCUCCUCUUCCUCCUUCCCCCUCACUCAUCUGGUUAUCUCUGGUGCCUCAAUCGCUCCUCCCUCCUCCCUCUUCCCUCCUCACCUCCUCGCCUCCCUCACUCACCUCAACCUCUCUACUGAUGCUGUCCCUGACGCCCUUCUGUUACACCUCGUCCACUCCCUUCCCCACACGGUACGUUAG